UGUCUUUGUAUCUAGUCGCACGAUGCCGAGCUUGGGUCCCACACUUGCUCCACCCUUUCUGUACUUGUAUGCUUUUUAGGCCCUGAAUGACACGUGGCACUUGUCUAUCGCACACGCUCUGAUGAGACCUGCGUCGAGCCGUAUGUCUCAUGCCCCGUGCCUGGCAGGUAUCACGCGUCUCACGUCUCAAAGUCGCCCAACGGAAGGGCACGCGUGGCUUGGGGCACUCCACAAAGCCUGCCAAGAAUAAAGCACCGAGAUUGGAGCAGUUGCGCCCACAGAUCUCUCUCUACUAUUCCCCAACGAGAGCAACGGCCACUAGCUAUCAGUCGUAUGAGGUCACCGCCGAGACGAUGUCAACCACUCUGUCGAGGAAGCGACCCCGAUCAGACAUCGCUACGGCUUCUGCCCAUCACGGGGUGAUGGCAGUUCGAGGGAGCAAUGAGAAUCCCAUCGUGAUUGAAGAUGGUGAAGAUGACGAAAGCGAAACCGGAAUCGAAGACGAAGAGGAGGACGAGGGUGUGGAUGAGCCCGAGUGGAGUAGUGAUGACCCAUAUGAGGAAGUUGUGACCGAUGAGGACCAAGACGAGGAGGAGCAGGAGGAGAACAAUGAAGGCGAGGGCGAGGACAAGGACGAAGACGAGGACGAAGAUGAGGGCGCGGAUGAGUACGAGUGGAGUAGUGAUGACCCAUACGAGGAAGUCGUCACAGACGAGGAGCAAGACGAGGGGGAAGAGGAUGACAAAGACACGGCCAACGACGACCGACGACAGCGACGUUGAAUCGGUUGAAUUCUGGCCUUGGAGGCAUCGACCUAGAGAGGCUCCGGCAACCGAC